GAGAGAUAUGGUUUCUUUUAGGUCUGUGGUUCGGUGCAAGAUAAAAUGUUGACAUAAUUUCAGUAGGCCUAAGAUUAAAUAAUAAGACACUACGACUACGGACGAAUUAGUUUUUAGUUACAAUGGAAGAGGAAAAGGCCUUACCUUUGGAAGAUGUGACCUCUACGGUUGUAAACAUCAACAUCAUUGCCCAAGAUGGAAGUAACGUUUCAGCACCCUGUAUCAACGGAAAUACUAUUGGAGGUGGUGUUUCUAAUUCGAUUGAUGUGACAAAGACAGCUUUACGUCGCAGAGCGGAGCCAGACUCCGCAGGGCCGCCCAGUAAAAGGAUGCGUGUGGAGGACAUGUGUGGAUAUGUGCAUUUUCUCAGCCAGCUGAAGCCCAGGUCCCGUCGCGCCCCGAAGGACGAUAAAUUCUUUACUGCCAGACUGCAGAGGAGUACUGGCCACGUGAACGUGGUUGUAUUCAACCAGAAGUCGUACCAGAGGUUCUGUGAUGCUCAUACAAAAAAAUUACCAGUGAGCCUGAGCAAGGUGUGUUUUAAGGAGUCCCAGCAACAGGUGAUCUUCAACCAGACUUCACAGCUGUCUGUAAUGCCACAACUUGAUUUUGAAUAUGACCCCAAAAGUUGUGAGCCCAAGAUUGUAUCCUCUGUUUCAGAGGCAAGGCAUUGUCUUACUGGAGAGUUGAUAACCAUCACAGGGGAAAUCAGAGAACAACAAAGCCAGAAGGGAAAGCAGCCGAUAAGACACCUUCUGGGUGAUGGCAACGAUUCCAUCACUCUCACUGUAUGGGGGGACAAGUUGAACAUCAGCGCAGGUGGCUGGUACACCAUCUCCCAUGUCGAAGUGAAUUGGUUUCGUGGCCGAAACGAGCUGACAUUCACACGAUACACAACACUAACUGAGGCACCAUCCCCAGCCACUACGGCAGAGGUCUAUUCUCACCAUAAGUUCAAGGUGUUGGGCACUAGGGUGCGGAACUGCCAUUUGUGCCCGAUCUGCAAUGCAGAGCUGCCUUUGAUAAGUCAAGAUCAGAUUUCUGUGCCAUGUCCUUCCUGCGAGAAUAGAGUCUCAGCAGAUUACAUUAGGUACAUGACGAAAGGAAGGAUCACUGUGGAAACACUUCAAGGAACUACCGACUUUAAUAUCCCUCGAUCUAGUAUGAAAACCCUGCUGGGCCUGCAGAGAGAGGGCUUCUGUGAAUGGCAGCAUGCUGAGGAUCAGCUGUUGCAGAUGAAGAUGGUGGAGGUGGUGUUUCGCAAUAACAUACCAGUCGAAAUUAAAAAAAGUCUCUGAAGAUGGCUGCCAAGACUGAAGAAAGAGACAGUGGGUGCCUCUCAACUUCUCUCCUCGAUCCUCGAUGACCAAGGAAGGGAGGAUGAAUAAAAGCGGAUGAGACGAUGUGUGUGUUUGUAUUCCUCCCAUAAUACAGGGGCACAUGAAUCUUGAUGGGCAUGUAGCCCCAGUAUAGCCUUGGUAAACCCUGCCUGAUCUGCUGGCGAUUUGGAUUUUGCCCUGCAGUCAGGCUGGAAACUUGCACAUCUAUCUCUCCUGCUCUCACCCGGAUCGUUGGUCUGAUUGGUUGAGGGAGUAUCCAAAAGCGUACAGUCAUUUGAACUAUGUCCUUUAUUCACACCUCUUGCGCAGUAUAAAUAAAGCGCAGACUCCCCAGACUGUUCAAUCUUAAAAGAUUGAGCUUAGCUUAGCCAGACUAACCCUAGACUUUCAUGGAAAAAUGUUGUUUGGUCCCCAGGGGCCGUUCCACCAAAACCCAAAAAAUGCACACACACACACUUUAUAUACACUUGAGCUGCAAGAGUAGGAGAUGUAUGCAUAUAAAUUGCCGUGACCUACUGGUUAGGGCUUCGAGCUUGUAACCGGAGGGUUGCCGGUUCGAUCCCCGACCAGUCCACGGCUGAAGUGCCCUUGAGCAAGGCACCAACCCCUCACUGUUCCCCAAACGCCGCUGGUUGGGCAGGCAGCUCACUGCUCUGGGUUAGUGUGUGAUUCACCUCACUGUGUGUUCACUGUGUGCUGUGUGUGUCCACUAAUUCGGUUAAAUUGGGUUAAAUGCAGAGACUGAAUUUCCCUCACAGGAUCAAAAAAGUAUACUUAUACAAAUAGGAGAUACAGACAAAUGUCAUUUAUUUUUGUGGAGAGAAUGUGUAGAAUGAGCAGCAGUCAUAUCUAGUUGCAUACAUAAUUAUCACAACAAUUGUUAAGAUUGUUGAGCAAACUAUCUCUCAUUAAACAUAUGCACCUUAGAUUUUUGACUUUGCUGACUUUGUUCCAUCUGUGCUAAUGCUUGCUGUCAGGCUAAGAAGCAUCUAUAUUGGGCAGAAUGGCGUGUGCGGCAGGCUUCGCAACACCAACUUCACGCCAGCUGCGAGAUCACAGCACAUAGGCAUGUUGUAUUCACAACAACAUACCGCGAUUGACACAAUGUAUUUACAUGUCAACUUUUGGAAUAUGUGUAGGAAACUGUUUGCGUUACAAACUAACCCCAUACAUUUCUAUGGGAGAUUCUUUGAGUGCUGUGUCUCCCCAUUAGAAAUGUGACCAAGUCAGCUACAGUAAGUCAAAAAUGUAAAGUGCAUGUUUAUUGCACUUUAGAUUUUUGACUUAGCUGACUUUGUCAGAUUUAUUGAAGAAAUCACAGCCACCCGAUAAUUCCUGCAUGAGAAAUGUGCUUGCUCAUAGAUUUUGCACUUUGCCUGCCAUUUAAAUGAGAGCCCUCAGUCCUUCAGACCUAGUCUUCCUUAUUCCGAAGGUUUUCCCAAAGUCAGUGUCACCAAAACCUUUUUUUAAAUGUUUUUGCAAGCAGCAUUGGUGGGUACAAUUUACACAUUAAGAACAGACAGGUUGAAGGGUCUGCCUCUGUGUUUGUUAAGAGCAGUCUCCAUGUAAAAACUUGUGAUUUUUAUUUAGAGGAUGACCACUGUGAGUUGUUAUUCAUUGAAAUGUAUAAUAAUGACAAAUCAUUUAUUGUUGGAGUACUCUAUUGCCCACCAGAUGUCCUCUUGACACAUUUUGCUGUA